GUUGCUGGAUGGACUGCAUAUGGCGAUGGAAAUACGGCUUCCUCAAAUGCGGUUUCUAUGACAAGCUCACCAUGUGCGGAGGCGGGGACUACAUGGUCCGAUACUAUGACGUAGCCAAAACCUACCACGCCCACUGCUGGCCCGGGAAGGGGACAUACGGAAUUACCCGAAACAGGAAAUUCAUCUGGGUGUAUAAAUGCGAAGGGAAGUUUGUCGUGAAGUAUAAGAAGUAUCUUGGCUGCAAGCCCGUCUGCUAUUGAUUGCCGUGCCUAGGUGUGAACGUGUGACGUCAUUGUAUUAUGUGACGUCAUAAUUUCAAAGAAUAACCAGGAAAAAAGUGGGAACUGUUGUCAUAUGCACAGUUCCGUUUAGAUUUUAGUGCUUGAUGCUUACUGAUGAUACAUAAAUGAUAUUGCACACUACGAAUGUUUUAUCUAUUCUUAAACGAUGUCUAAUGAAUGUAAGAUUUGGUUUCAAAUCUGAUAUUAUUUGAAAUCAACUGUUAGUAUUUAAAGUUAGUAUCAGCAGAAUCAGCGGAAGCAGGAGGAUGUCCGUUGGAAGCCAACGAUGACG